UUGCUGUAUAGGCUGCAAUCGUGCCAAGCUUCCGUGAAUUUGCCGCAUAGGAUUGUGACGAAUCCGGUAAAAUAAUUUGCCACUGCGUAUAUCACAAUGGCCCCUACAGGCCCACCUCCGACCGCUGGCGAUGAGCAGAUCCAACAGUUCAAGGAUUUCCUCAUGAACUAUAAUAAACUGACAGAGUUGUGCUUUAACGACUGCGUGCACGAUUUCACCGUCCGGACAGUUCGCGAUAAGGAAGAUAAGUGCUCAUCAUGGUGUAUGGAUAAAUACCUCAAGAUGAACCAAAGGAUCAUGCAGCGUUUUCAAGAAUUUCAAAUGAUAUCGGAUGAGGGUGCUAUUGCUGCAGCUGGUGGAAAAGUUUAGCUUUGUCAAGGAUGAGAGAACAUGUUUAAGUAUGUUACAUAACCGUUGAAUAUAUGCGCUGGUAGUUUCUACAUUAAAUAUGAAAUUAACAGAUUGAUUGUAUAUAUAUAUAUAUAUAUAUAUAUAUAUAUAUAUACAUAUACUAAGAGUAGUGGGAAUCUUUCUACCGACAACAGACAUACGCUUUCAAACGCACACACACACAGAAGUGCAAUGGGUUAUAUAUAUGCAUACCGUGUGCAGGUGAUGAAAAUGGCCAGUAGCGGAGAAUAGGAAUGUUUUAUAACUAGUAGACCAGAUAUAAACAAUGAUCUUAUCGAUGGAUGGUGAAUCAUUGUCAGCGAACAAUUUUUGAAUGAUGAACAACAACAACAACAACAGCUGUGUGUCAUUUAUUCAUUAUGCGUUUUUGCUGGAGUUAUAAUGUACUCGUGUAAAAAUAACAUUCUCGGACGAUGAACGGCGUAAUAAAGUAGUAAUUAUGAAAACAAAAGAUGCGUCAUUGCAUCCUGACUAAUUACAAUAGAAAAUGUUUUGAAAAAGAUUCAUUGAAUACACAAUGUCGUGAGCGCCAGCGCACCUGUCACACUCUACAGCCCAUUACGGUGCGCUGAAGAGAAAGUUUUGGAUCUUGUAUAGUGCUAAGUCCCUAAUAGAUUGACUUGUUCAAUAUGAAGCCUAUUUUUAUAUAAAUAAAGGUUACUUCCGAGUUAUACGAGCGUA